AUGCCCGGCCUAAUAGCGAGCGACGACGCCGGUCGCAAGAGAAAAAGAGUUAGCACUCGGGGUGCAUCCAAAGAAGCGAAAUCGCGCAAAGCCCCAAAGCCCACGAACGACGACGACCCUCAGUCCAAGAUUCUGCUGUUGGAAGAGCAGAUCUUACAAUCACGAGAGAACUACAACAAUAUUGUCGAGCUGCAGAAGAUAGUCGACCAUGCGGACAAGAAACCCAAAACUGCCACCAUCGCUGCCGUGGCAUUAUGUCGAGUCUUCUGUCGAUUGAUUGCUGGAGAGUCUUUGGUCAAGCAGGCUGGCGCAUCGGAGGGUGAUUCGCAGGUUGUACAAUGGUUGAGGGCAAGAUUAGAUGAUUAUUUGAAUCGUUUGACUUCCUGGAUUGGGAGCCCGGAUGCGACCAAGGAGAGUACCGCUCUCACACUGCUUAUGCGAAUCGUGAAAGAGGAGGCCACGAACAGCGACAAGGGUGAUCGAGCGUGGCGCCACGAGAAGUCUGCUUUUGUCGCUGUGGUCAGCAGGUUACUGCAAGAGACUGAGGCGGAGGGAGCGAGGCAAGAGUUUGUGGAGAAGUUCGUGGAAGAACACCACGAUGUUCGUUUCUACACUUUCGUCGCUGUUAAGCAGAUACUCCAGGACGUACACUCUGGUCGACAGGAGGUCGCGACAAACGCAAUCGACCUACUGAUACAAAUCGAAGGAGUACCUGAGUCGGACGAUCAACUCGAGGACUGGUACGGCAGCACGCCACAAGGACAGAAGAACCAACUCCUUUCGUUGACAGCACACCGAAAAGUUGCAAGGCAAGCAUGGCUCUCGAUCUUCCGCUCGACACUAUCCCAAGAAAGUCGCAAGAAGAUGCUCAGUGUUGCAACUGGACAUAUACUCCCGUGGUUUGCUGGACACAUCGAACUGCUCACAGACUUCUUGACCGACUCGUUCAACCAAGGUGGCGCGAUGUCAUUGCUCGCUCUAUCCGGUAUCUUCAAACUCAUGACGCAGAAGAACAUCGAUUAUGCAGACUUCUAUACGAAGCUCUACAGCUUGCUGGAUGAGGACUUGCUGCACAGCAAGCAUAGGAGCCGAUUCUUCCGCAUGUUCGAAACGUUCAUGACCUCCUCACAUUUGCCAGCUGCGAUGGUUGCGAGCUUUAUCAAGAGACUAUCGAGAUUAUCUUUACAGGCUCCACCCGGCGCAAUUGUCUGGGUCGUCCCUUGGACGUACAACAUGCUUAAACAACAUCCUCCUUGCACGUUCAUGCUGCAUCGAACGUACCAUCCCGCUCAUGCAAUUUAUGCAACCCAUCCAAACUACGAGGACCAAGGCAUGGACGAUCCAUUCGACAUGAAGCAGAAGGAUCCAAUGGUCACUGGUGCCAUCGACUCUUCGCUGUGGGAGCUGGAAACACUUCAGAGCCACUACCACCCAAACGUGGCCACUCUGGCCAAGAUAAUGGGCGAGCAGUUCACAAAGAAGGACUACCAGCUCGAGGACUUUCUCGACCAUACGUCCCAGACUCUGAUCGAUGCUGAGUUGGGCAAAGAGGUGAAGAAGCCGCCUGUCGUAGAGUGGGAGUUACCCAAGAGGAUUGUGACGACGGAAGAUGGGGGAAUGAAUGACAUCGGCAAGUCCUUACAAACUGCCAUAGACAAUAUGUAG